UGACGGUGCAGCGCAGCGAACAAAUUACAAAAUUACGGAAAUAACUCAAAAGCAAUUACAAACCUGUGAUCAUAAUUCUUAAGCAUUAAGAUGUCUGAGCGUGAACCGAUUAGUGGCUCAAGCCGUGACUAUGGAGCAAUAGCCGAAGCUCCCACAGUGGGUUUCUCAGACUUCAGUCCUACAGAACUGUACAAUUUGAGUGAAGGUAUUGCUGACAAUGUCAACACAAUAAACAGUGGUCUUCUGUCUUUGGAGAAAAUGAUGAAACAGAUUGGUGGAACCAAUGACAACAUACAGCUGAGGGAUAAAAUACAUGAAACACAACAAACUGUAAAUGGAUCAGUGUCUGCAACUGCAAGAGAUAUUCAACGUCUUGGUGUGAUGGUGCGACGUGGAGACAAACCCCAGAAGUUACAAGUGGAAAGACUUACACAAGCAUUCAGAGAUGCAUUAGCUAAAUAUUCUUCAGUGCAAAAGCAAGUGUCAGAAAAGAUGGCAGCGCACAUUCCAAAGCAAGUUAGAAUGAAGAAUGAUCCACACGCCUUAGAACAGCAAGCCAUUGCUGAUUACGAAAAUGCUUCUAUGUUUGCCAACCAACAAGCACAAACUCGUCUAGGCCAGUUUGAGACAAGCAUGAUGCUGGAAAAAGAAGCAUAUAUAAAUAAAAUAGAAGCUGAUGUUUUAGACGUCAAUCAAAUCAUGCAGGACUUGGCGGAAUUAGUGAAUGCACAAGCGCAGAGUGUUGACACAGUAGAAAAUCGCAUCCAUGACGCCGCCAUUUACGUCCAGUCCGGCACAGAGGAAAUGCGUAAAGCAGAAGAACACCAACGGAGAUAUCGCAAGAGAAUGUUCAUUUUCAUUCUGAUCGGUAUGAUUAUAGCCAUCAUUUUUAUUGUGUGGAUAAUAAAAGCCUUUAGAUAGGCUCUAUUGUAAAUUUUGAUGGUGAAUUAUCGUUUUCAAAAGUUUUUGAGUUAGCUUUAUAAUACAGGUCUUCAUUGCAGUCAUAGUAAACAAAAUAAAGCUAUCAAAAAAUCUCAUCUAUCACUAAAAUAAUCUUGGAUUAUAAGAAAACGUAAAGUCAUAAUAUUUACGUAAUCAUUUUAAGCAAUGUCUAAGAAUAUCGAAUAAUUAUUAUACACUAUAACAUUAGUCGUUAUUACAGUACACAGCACAUAGCGGUGUAUUGGUUUUAGGUUUUAUAAAAAGUGUAUUAUUACCAUUGACCUACCAACAAGAAGUGGAAGUCGGGUCUAAUACAAAAACCAUGAAAAAAAUGUCCGAAGUCUACCUAUA